CUGAAAUAUAAUUUAAUUUUUGCUCGAGGACCUCUGACCCUCACGCACGAACACACAGUCCAAAUUUUGAUCAGACAGCUUUGAUCUCUUCAACUUCUCUAAAAUUUGAAUGACAGACAUCUGAAGGUGACUCUUUCCAAGCUAUAACCCCUCGCCUCAUCUCACCCUUUAUCACCUCUGUUUUUUUCUUUUUAAUUUUCAUAAUACCUCUCUCUUUAUGUAAAAGAACAGUUUGCAUUAUUUUUCCCACAUUCUUCUCUUUCUUGUCUGUUGGGAUUUUGAAACUCAAAGAUCGGAUCGAUAGUUAUCUCUUUUUGGUUUAUCAUGGACCUUUUGAAGACACACAAGGAGAGUGAUUGAUCUUUGAAAACACGUAUCUUUCUUAGCAUUAUCGAAGGUAAACUUAGGUGGUCUUUUGUUCUUAUUCAAAGGUUUUUUGUUUUUAGUGUUUUAUUAAUUUUUGGAUUGUUGUUUAUUUGAGAUAAUAAAAUCCUGAUAUCUCUUUGGAUAUGAAGAUUAAAAGAUUUCUUUGAUUUAGUUUUGAGAGAAGAAGAACAAGAAAGUUUUUUUUUUUUUGUUCAUCUCUUUUGAGGAAGAAAAAUACAAUGGAGAUCUUGAAGGAUCCUUACACCUUAUGGUUUCUUGCAUUUCAAGGUGUCAAUGAAGUAUGAAAGACACCCAAAUCCAAGACUUAUUGAAAGAAAUCAUUUUUAAGGAUACUCAUUGGCUAUGGCUCUCUUUUUUUCUUUUUUUCAUUUGGUAAAUUAAUUACACCCCGUAGUAAUUAAAUCACUGCUUUCUGUUUCAGUACUCUCUUCCUGUCUCUCUCUAUAGCUAGGCCUGGUGAAAUAUUAUUAGCCCAUCAGUUAACAGAUGAUUCAUUUUCCUUUUCUUAUCUUCUUCGGUAGAGUUUAUCUUUCUUUCAUUUUGUUAAGGAAAGGUAAAGAUGUCGUCUUCGAACUCUCCAUGUGCAGCAUGCAAGUUCUUGAGGCGAAAAUGCACACAAGAGUGUGUGUUUGCUCCUUAUUUUCCACCAGACCAGCCUAAGAAAUUCGCAAGUGUACACAAGGUAUUUGGUGCUAGUAAUGUUGCUAAACUUCUCAAUGAGCUCAAUGCUGCGCAACGUGAAGAUGCUGUGAAUUCGCUUGCCUAUGAAGCUGAGGAACGGCUCCGUGAUCCGGUUUAUGGCUGUGUGGGUCUAAUUUCUAUUCUUCAACAAAGACUAAAGCAACUCCAGAAUGAUCUUUAUAGUGCUAAGAAAGAAUUGGUUAAUUAUGUCGAGGGUCAAGCAAUGCUACCUAUGUUGAUGCAGCCACAACAUUUGGGUAAUCCUUCUUCUUCAACUGUGAUGCAACACAAUGGGAUGCCAAUGAUGGGUAUUCCUUCUGUUGGACAAAUGGGGAUGCGUGCGGAUACUCAUCAACACCAUCAUGCGCAUCCUCAGCAAAUAUACGAGGCUCAACAACUGGCUGCUGUGGUGGCUGCGAGAGAGCAAGAGAUGUUAAGGGCUUACGAGCAACAACAUCAGCAUCAUACACAGGCCCAGCGACAGCAUGAAAUUGUGAGGUUUAAUGGUGGAUUUGAUCCAGCUAACUCAGUUGCUGCUACUGGGUUUAACCAUGUCAAUCCUGCUGCUGCUAUGUCACCUUCUUUGGCUCUAGGAACUUUUGACAACACUUUUCAGAUUCAACCACAAGGAGAGCCCCAAUCCAAUCAGCUUCAGCCAGAGCUUUUGCUUCAGCCACAAUCACAGCAACAGCAACCGCAACAACUCCUUCAGCAUCCAAAAUCUGAAAGUGAGGAGGGUAGAAGUAAUGCUGGUCCAUCUUGUUGAAGUUCUUGCAAGACUCUGUACCUUUCUUGCUAGUUUCUUAAGCUCAUAAAUACCGGACGCAAGUGGAUACAAAGAAAUAUGGGGAGGGAGGGAGGGAGGUCUUAAGGCAGUCAUCAUGUUUUUGUCCCUUGGGGAAGAAGACGACGACUUUAUGGAGAGAUGCGUCUGGGAAGGAAGGAUAGGCCUUGAUUUUCGAGUACAGCUUUUCUUUUAUCUUUCAUUUGGAUUUCGUAGAGAUCAUCCUUUAAUUAAUGUAAAUCAGAAGCAUGGGAAGUCUUUUCAAAGCUUUUGUUUAUCA